CUAGCAGUAUAAAAUAAGUUGGAAAACAAAAGCCUGUUUGCAAUUUCUUUUACAAUAUAACAUGUUUUCCCUCUGAAAUACAAAACAAAAUCUUGUAUAAACCUAUGGUUUUUUUAACUUUCUCAGGUUUGUGAAAUAUCAUUCUCUGAUCCCACAGGAGGAACAGAUUGGGUUGUCCUUGUACAAAAUAUGGUAUCCACCUGCACUUCAUUAGAGAGCUGCAUUUUUGUACAUGCCACACCACAAGAUCACCAUGAUGACAUAGCAGCUUCAGAGAACAGCGUGACUAGGGUUUUUUUUUUUUCCCUCUUGUAACACAGAGGAUCUGGCAGACUUUUACCUCCUGACACUGUUUAGAGCAUAUAUUGGUGGAUACAGCCUCUUAUUGCAUCUGCUCUGGGAAUUAAGGAAAGCAGCUUGAAGGCAGUAAGGAACAAGACACAUUAGAAAGAUGACUCUAAACUUCCUAGCUGUCUUUCUGCUGUUGAUUAGUGGCAUUUUUUGCCAGUAUGACUACGGUCCUGGAGAUGAUUAUGGCUAUGAUCCCUUUGGGCCAUCUGCAGCAGUCUGUGCCCCAGAGUGUAAUUGUCCUUUAAGCUACCCUACUGCCAUGUAUUGUGACAAUCUUAAGCUGAAAACCAUUCCAAUUGUACCAAGUGGAAUUAAAUACCUUUAUCUCCGAAACAAUAUGAUUGAGGGAAUUGAAGAGAACACGUUUGACAAUGUAACAGACCUACAGUGGCUGAUCCUGGAUCACAACCAUUUGGAAAAUUCAAAAAUUAAGGGAAGAGUCUUCUCUAAACUAAAGAACCUGAAGAAACUUCACAUUAACUACAACAAUUUGACUGAAGCUGUUGGACCGCUUCCAAAAACUCUAGAUGACCUGCAAUUAAGUCACAACAAGAUCACAAAAGUCAAUCCUGGUGCAUUUGAGGGGCUGAUGAAUCUGACUGUCAUUCACCUCCAGAACAACCAGCUGAAAGCAGAUUCUAUUUCUGGGGCUUUUAAAGGCCUGAAUUCACUUUUGUAUCUUGACUUAAGCUUCAAUCAACUUACAAAGCUACCAACAGGACUGCCUCACUCCCUGCUCAUGCUGUAUUUUGAUAAUAACCAGAUUUCCAAUGUUCCUGACGAGUACUUCCAAGGUUUUAAAGCCCUGCAAUAUUUACGUUUAUCCCACAAUAAAUUAACAGAUUCUGGAAUACCAGGUAAUGUCUUCAACAUCACAUCACUAGUUGAGUUGGAUCUCUCCUUCAAUCAGCUGAAGAGCAUUCCAAUUGUCAGUGAGAACCUGGAAAACUUCUACCUCCAAGUCAACAAAAUUAACAAGUUCCCACUGAGCAGCUUCUGCAAGGUGGUUGGGCCGACGACCUACUCCAAGAUCACACAUCUGCGCCUGGACGGAAACAACCUCACCCGGGCCGACCUGCCGCAGGAGAUGUACAACUGCCUGCGGGUGGCCGCUGAGAUCUCACUGGAGUGAGGCCCCUGGGAUCAUCCAGGUCCCUUCCAGCAGCAGUAACUGCAGGAAUAACACACCGUGGUAGUGCUUUAAAAGUAGGAUAUGCCUUAAAGCAAGUGUCAGUCUGCAUAUUAUCCAUUCUGUUUGUGAAUAUUUAGCAAGGACUUGGCAAACUUAAGGGAACGUGUGCGUAUUUUUACAAAUGGUUCUAUUUAGAAAGCACAAGAAUUACCAAAUCUGAUGCAGAAUAUGUCUUUAUCUGGCUGAGUUGACUAAAAAGAUUCAGCUUCAUAAAAUUCUAUACUCAUGCAUGCAAUACAUGCCAGCAGGUUCCAGACUCACAGGGAAGUUAGGUGGAAUCCAUUGUGAGUUAUGGUGAGCAGUAUGGGCCAGUCUUUAUCCAUACAAGAUUCCUCUCCAACUUUCCUAAUCAUCAUGCCUUUUUUAUAUGGUUACCCAGUGCAAAGGAAAAAAUGAUUUCAGAAUACACGAACAAUUUAAAAUUUGUGAAAAUAUGUGUUCAGAGCCUAUGACACUGUUAUAUUAAUGGAAUACAUGAAAGACAACAAGGAAAAAAAUAUUCAGGUUAAAUAAUUGUUUACUCUUCUUUUUGUCAUACUUUCAUUUAACUGUCUUGGUAAGGUUUUAUUCAUUGCUGGUAUAAUUGUUAUUUCAAAAUAAAUCAUAUAUACAAAUAUUUUUAUUCCAUUACUUGCAUGCUAUUUUUAACCAGACUGUAGAAAAUAAAACAUAUCAAAUAGUGUCUUUUUGUCCAUAUCAUUGACAACUAUGUUCCUUUCUUUUAUAAAAUGAAAAAAAAACAGGUUAGGACAAGACAAUCUAAGCUAUUCUAUCAUUAUUGACAUUUAUUGUAAGGGUAAAUAAACUGUUUUCUCCA